AUUCUUGCAUGGUGAAUACACAGUGGAGGUGGCCAUCAAUGACUACCUGGACAUCUACUGUCCGCACUACGAGGACCAUCUUCCUCAGGAGCACAUGGAGCACUACAUCCUUUUCAUGGUCAACUAUGACGGCUACACCACCUGCAACCACCACAUGAAAGGCUUCAAGCGCUGGGAAUGCAACCGCCCAAUGAGUCCGAAUGGGCCCCUCAAGUUCUCAGAGAAGUUCCAGCUGUUCACACCCUUCUCUCUGGGCUUCGAGUUCCGCCCAGCCUCACCACACCCUAACCUCGGUGGGAAGCCGUGUUUGAAGCUGAAGGUGUACGUCAAGCCUACCA